UAUUAUCGAUGGCUUCUUCACUGUAACCGCACGCGCCGCACGUACUGUAUGUGUCGUAUCCGCGUAUGGCCUGGAGAAAAUCCGGCAUACUGUAUCACAUGAUUACGUAAAUGAUCACAGAGACGAAUUUGAGAAGUUGAUGCGAACGUAGUCAAGAUGGCCAAUCACUUCGUGUAUCGAAAUUUAUUAUUCGCAAGGUACAGUUGUCGUUCUUCCCAACGAAUUAACCCAUCGAAAGUGUGUUGUUCUCGCCUGAAAACGACAUCAGCGGCAACAAAAAUCUCCCUUGAAAAUGGCGACGGACCGGGAAAUUCCGCAGAGCGCGCACAAGAAGUGACCAACAACAACAGCCCCAGUCACGCCAGUGUGCUUGGCCUUGACGGGACAGCGAACACGAUGGAGUCACCACCGGCCAGUGUAUCCGGUGACAUAAGGGCUGGACUAGGGAGGUUAGAUCUCGUCUUCGGUGACUGCAAGGAAGCGUACCGGAGCAAGACCACCGUGGAGGUCGCACGGGCUUUCUUGGUUUUCAAGUUGUGCCAGUUGAAUUUUUUGGUGACCCACAAUAAAGAGAUCAUGAAAUUCUCCAGGAAGAUUCUUGGCAAGCGUCUGUUUGAGCUCGCCAUGGACGCCACGUUCUACGGUCACUUCGUCGCCGGCCGUGACCAGGCCUCCAUCAAGCCCACCAUUGACAGGCUAGCUCAGUUUGGCGUGGGAUCCAUCCUGGAUUACAGCGUGGAAGAGGAUAUGCCCCACAGUGAGGCCGUGGAGGCAGAGAUGGAGUCUUGUGUAUCACAUGCUGAAACAGAAAAAGAAGAAACCCACCUGAAGCAGUUCAAAGCCUACCGGGAGUUUGCAGACAGAAGGACCGACGUGGAAAGCGCACGGACGUACUUCUACGAAGACGAGGAAAAAUGCGACGACAACCUGAAGACCCUGCUGGACUGUGUGGAUGUGGCUGGUGCUACAUCUAGUGAUGGGUUUGCAGCUGUUAAAUUCACUGCCCUGGGCAGACCACAGAUGCUGCUGAAUUUGUCUGAGGUCCUCGUCCGCACCCGCCAUGUUUUCGUCCAGAUGGCCCACGCAAACAGCGCCCUCAUUGACCUACAACUCACCAAGGAACAGUUCCAGUCGGAGCUGGAGGCGUUGGGGCUCACGUCGCGGGACGAUACGAAUGAAUGGUUUACUUGGAUGGACUUUGACAAGGAUGGUCGUAUUGACCUCCUGGACUGGGACAGACUCAUGGAACCUGAGAUCAAACUCACCAAAAUCUUCAAAGUUCCACAAAUCCAGCGAGGGCAUCUUGAGCCGCUGCAGUUGAGCCUCACGGAGGAGGAAGAGAGUCAGAUGAAGAGGAUGCUGUCUCGCAUCAAUACACUGGCCAAGAGGGCGAGGGACAAAGGCGUAAGGUUGAUGAUCGACGCCGAGCAAAGCUACUUCCAGCCGGCAAUCAACAGACUCGCCAUGGAACUCAUGCGCAAGUUCAACAAGGAGCGGCCCAUCAUAUUCAACACGUACCAGUGCUACCUUAAGCAAACCUUCAACAACCUGAACAUAGACAUCGAACUCGCCCACCGAGAAGGUUUCCAUUUCGGCGCUAAGCUCGUCCGCGGUGCAUACAUGGACCAGGAACGCAAGCGUGCGAAGGAAAUCGGUUACGAGGAUCCCAUCAACCCAGACUAUGAAGCCACCAGCGCUAUGUACCACCGAUGUCUGGACUUUGUGCUUCAGACGAUUCAGAGCCGGGGGAAGGUGAACAUCAUGGUGGCAUCGCACAACGAGAAGACCAUCCGCUUUGCUGUUGAAAGAAUGGAGGAAUUGAACAUCAAGCCUGAGGAUCGUCUGGUCUACUUUGGCCAGCUGCUGGGCAUGUGUGACCAAGUCUCCUUCCCACUGGGACAAGGAGGGUAUGCCGUCUACAAGUACGUCCCCUACGGCCCAGUGGAAGACGUCCUACCAUACCUCUCCCGCCGAGCUCUGGAGAACCGAGGCAUGCUGAAGGGCGUCAAGAAGGAACGCCGACUCCUGUGGCAGGAGCUGACACGCAGGAUUCGGCACGGUCAGGUGCUGUAUAGCCCAACACAUGCUUGAUGUGUUACGGAUAUAACCCUUUCAAGUAAAUGAUGUUUAAAGGGAAUAUACAACAUUUGCAAACAUCGAAAAAUAAAACUACCAAGUUUUUACGAAAUACCUUACUAGGAUGUUGGUAAAUGACAGUC